AUGACCACUAAACUCGAUUUUUCAACCGCCGAUCUCAUAAACUGUACCAUCUGCAUCCGCGAGUUCACCACAACACAAAGAAAACCGAAAGUGCUGCACUGUGGUCACACGGUUUGCGAAUCAUGCAUUUUGGAGCUGCUCAGUAAUGCCGCUUUGUGAGUUCUUUUACAGUUUUCUGACCCUUAUUUUUCCCUAUUUUCAGCACCCCUCAAACUACCGUCCGCUGCCCGGUGUGCCGCACGUGGACGACUCGUGCACAAGCUCAGCAGUUCGUAACCAACUUCCAAAUAAUGGGAUUCCUCGCCGAAAAAGAGAAGAUUGAAAAGGAGAAGGCGGCGAGCAGUGCAAAAGGAAACAAAGUUGACGAACGUCUUCAGUUCCGGAUGGGCCGUGACAGAAAGAUGAAAAUACACGUGGCAAGCAAGAAGGACCUGAAAUCUCCGGAAAUGUAUGUCCGGAGAGACGCAGCCGGUUCCACGACAGUCGUAUUUGCUGGGAAAACAGGGUCAACAACUGAAAUAAUGAAGUUCAUCAACGAGAACGGAUUCGCCGUUGAAACGGGAAAGGUUUUCACUCGGGUCGUGCACGACGAGGGGAACGGCCGUGAACCGGAACGAUUUUCCAAAGUGAACGAAGUGGGAGCCGGCCAGUCGGCUCUAAAAUGCGCGGGUCCUCCUUCCAAGCUCGAGGAAGUCGAGAUCUCCGAGUCAUAUGAGCUGAAAGCAGUUGAGGAGGACGGGAAGAUCCGUCUCGAGUUAGUGUGGACCGGAGAAAAACCCGAAGGAUUCCAAGGUAAGAAAUGCACGUUUCUGAAUUUUUUUCCAUUUCUAGUACUCUUCAGUGUUUGGAGGAACCAUGGCCAAACCUAAUCAGAAGCGUCUGAAAGCGAUGAACGAGCCGAGUACGUCCACCGCUGGUCCCUCCACGUCGGCUGAUGCCGCCAGCGACGGAUCGGAGGCGCCAGUGGCGAAGCGCACUCGUCGUGGCCGGGGAAAGUAAAUUUAAUGUUCGAAGUGUGCAAAGGUAUUAACCCCCGUUUGACAGACUAAUAACGCCUUCCUAAAAUGUAUUAAGUAUCCCUCCUAUUCCAUCGAAUCGCAAGUCCUCUAAUAAUAUUAUGGCACAGACCUUUUUCACAUAUUUUCAGGAAUCCUUUAAGCACAUUUGGUCGGUCUCGCUUCAUUCUUACCGCUCCUUUACUGUAUAGUUCCACUAUGAUCUUGUUGAUUUCAAACCAUUUUUUUGUUAAAACCAAUCUUUUUUAUUUUUGUAAUCGUUCCCUUCUCUUUUUUCUCUUUUCCAUUCCUCACACUUUUCUCGCUCUUCGCACUUCCGUGCAUUUUUUCGUGAUACCGAUAAAAAUGGUUUUAUAUUCUAUUAAUUCAUAUUGAUUACUGUCUAUUUACUAGUUCUCAGCUAGAUUAAUUAUCUUUUUUUUAUUCUCUGAUAUUGUCGGUUUCCAUUCUUUAAUUCAUAUUUACAGCUUCACCGUCUUCAAUCACUUCCAAAACUUAGGAGGUAAGUCAUUGACUUUUUAAAAUUUCGCCUCACUUCCCUCGCUUUGUGUAACGAGUGUUGUACUAAAACUACAGUACUCCACAGCGCGCCCGUUUCCUUUUUUGCCACGCGCUCUCUGCUCGUCUGAGUCUUCGCUUCUUCUAUUUAGUUCUUCUAGGCGCUCGGCCCCAUAUGCUAAUAGUGCGGCGGUUGUUCUGGGCCCCAGCCGUCCGUGCCACCUCGUCGCUUUCCAUUAAUCGAUAGUACGUUCGCACUCACUGCUUCUCAAACAUCUUCUCGAUUUCACGGGAAGAAGCAGUCGCGAGAUUAUCGAAAUGGUGCCUCUUCUGAGCGCGCACUCUUAAAACGUGUCUGCUAUCACAUGAAAUCUCGUUUUCAGGUUGCUAUGACAGACGAAGUGGCAGUUGUGGCCGACGUCCAGCGAGUUGCAGUUGUCGCAAGAGCACCACCAGGUUGCAAUGUCUGCUUCGACACUUUCCGUACGUUUAGAAUUUUUCUGUUCCUUUUUUGAACCGAUAUUUGCUCAGAUUCAACCAGACGCAUUCCGAAGAUGCUCAAGUGUGGGCACUCCUUCUGCCAUCAAUGCAUGAAAAUGCUUGUGCAGAGUUCGCGCGUUAAUAGAUCUCUUCCCUGUCCCACAUGUCGACAACUCAAUUUCUACGAGAACCUGGCAAAUCCGGACAUAGCCUUCCCAACAAACUAUUCUCUCCGAGGUAUUAAUAACUAAACUGUUGGAAGAACGUAAUACCUUUCCAGAACUUAUCGAAAAACACGAAGUUGUUGAGCAACAAGGAGGCCAGACGUAUGCUUGCACACACUGCAAUUCUAUGACUCAUGAAAAGGAAAUGGCAAUGUGCGAAACGUGCAAACGACCGUCAAUGGCGCACGAACGGAAAGAUUUCAUGGUGUGUAACGGAUAGCAGAGACCAAGACUGUCUUUUUUCUUUAGAAAAGGCCGACUUCACAGCUUCUGUGCUUCCCGUGUGCUCGCGCAAAUCAUAACGGUCACGCAUAUGCGGAUGUUGAAAAUGUUCGCGGCCGUUGGAAAUAUCGCACGAAGUUUGAUCGUUUCGCAACCACUGCUGCCGCGGAGAUGGCUCGCGUUGAUCGGUUAACAGAAGUUUUUCAAAAGGGAAUCACAGCUGCAAAGGAAUUCAAAGCCAAUCUGGAAGAGACUGCCCGGCAAAUUAAUAUGAACGCCGGAAGAAGCAACAUUGGAUUUGUCAUGCGUAACUUCAUGAAGGCGGCAAACGGAUCAGCCAAAUCCACCGAUCACAUCAUCGAUCUCGUCGAGCAUCUCACAAUGCCCAAAGUGAGGAAUAACCUCACUUAAGAAAAGUUUUUCAAUGCUUCUUUUCAGAUGCAUCAGUACGAGAGACAUGAGAUGCUCGGAAAGCACCUAUUCCAGCAACCGAAGGAGGACCAUGAACAGUAUGAUGUUGGAAUCUACAAACAAACUCUCGAGCGUAAUUUCAUCGAUUCCGAGGCAGCUAACCGGCCCUUUGCUCCCAAUCAGCAGUUGAACGAUCCGGACAUAAAUCGACUCAUCGGAAACGGGAAAGAGGUGCAGAAGAGGAUGCCAGUCCCCCAGCUGAUGUCGACUUCGUUCCGUUCUGCCAACAAUCCUCCUGUGCUACCGUUCUCUCGGGACGAAUACGUCAAAAUUCUUCACUAUUUCGCUGAGCUCACGCCAGAACAACGAAAUCAGUGUGUGGACUCAAUUCGAUUCCACGGCGUUAGUUUUGGUCAGCUCGGAGAAGUGCGGAGGGGACUCUUGAACGCGGUUCAAGCGUGGACCGAUAAUGUUCGUCCAGCGCUGCAACCGAGGGAUCGCCUUCUCCCAAUUUAUUAUGAUGUGCCGUUCCAUGUUUUCAAUGAGCUCAAGACAGGACUCUUCCGUCACACUCUUGGCGAAGUCAUGGGCCACUUCAUCGACAAGAUCACCAAUCUCCGAAUUCGUGGGCACGUGCAAGAUUACUUCAAAGAGCUGACUCCGAAUGCGAACUUCACUCGUCGUGUAUACCUGGAAAUCAAAAAAGUAUUUGAUAGUUUGAUGCUACAUUUGGCGCAUGAUCGCUUUCCGUUCAACGUUUUCGAAUAUUUGAUGACUGACGUCGAGAAUAUACUCGUCAGAUUUGAAAUGGCAGCUGACAGACCUGUGGAGCAGCCUGCCAACCCUAGGAAUGUGCCAGUCGAAGAACCACAAGCUCCCCAUGAAGAAGCCCAGGCACCAGUCGUCGUCCACCUCGAGCAACAACCAGUCGCUGCGGACGUUCCGCCUCAUCCAGAAGCCGAAGAAGCCCUAGAAGUUGCAGACCAAAACAUAGACGAUAGACUGAGGGCACUGCAGCGCCAGGAACGCGGAAGAUACACGUUUCAGCUGAAUGAUCUGGUGCCACCGCCGCCAGCACAUGCCACAAGAGGUGAGUAAACGAGUGCGCUCUGCGGUGAAAAUAAAAACAUUUCAGCUGCCAAACGUCGUUUAGAACAGGCUAAUGCGACUGCUGCUGCUGCUUCGAAUACGCGACCUUCGUCCGCCCGACGAUCUCCAUCGGCUGCCCCGAAACGUGGUCGGAGAUCUGAACAUUGA